UAGUUUGUAAAAAAAAAGAUAAGAGAGUGGCCCUUUCUCGAAUCAACCAUUGUCAUCAGCAGCAGCUCCGCCGCAUUUCAAUGGCAUCUAUUCAGUACCUCGCCACUGUCUCCACCACCGUUGUCAAGCCUACGACGCUGCCCUUGUCUUCUCCUUCGUCUGCUCUCCGCUCCCCCUCUUCUCUUCGAUCUAAACCUCGUGAGCUUUUUCCCCUCUUUGCCAACUUUCGCAGCGUCUCGCAUCAAGCAAAGUCACAGUCAAAAGAAGCCGAAGUGAGUCCAGUUGCAGAUACAUUUUCUAAUUUCAAGCAUCUUCUUCUGCCUGUAACGGAUAGGAAUCCUUAUCUUUCUGAAGGGACGAGACAGGCUGCUGCUACAACAACUUCUUUGGCAAAGAAGUAUGGAGCUGAUAUCACGGUUGUGCUUAUCGAUGAGCAAAAGAGAGAUUCACUGCCUGAGCAUGAGACACAAGUAUCCAGCAUCCGCUGGCAUCUGUCUGAAGGUGGGUUCCAGGAGUUCAGGCUGUUGGAGCGGCUCGGGGAAGGGAAGAAGCCGACGGCCAUAAUCGGGGAAGUGGCGGAUGAUCUGAGCUUGGACCUAGUGGUGAUGAGCAUGGAAUCCAUCCACUCUAAGCUCGUUGACGCCAAUUUACUCGCUGAGUUCAUCCCAUGCCCCGUCCUGCUCUUACCCUUGUGAAAAACUCCCAAUCUCCUUUUCUUCAAUCCUCUCUGUACAAAACUAGUUCUGGUUUCCAUGAAUAAAGUAAAGUAUACACAUGUAUAUGUGUCAAGGUGCUGUAAAUAGUAAUUGUCAGUUGUCUUGUGUGUUUAUAUACGAUUUUCCCUCA